AUGCCUCGUCCACUGUUAAAUAUAUCCAAAAGCGGAUAUGCUAUCGAUGAAAAUCAUAAAUCAUCAAAUAAAACACUUAAACUUAAAAAGUCGAUAACUGCAGCAAAUCGUAAAUUUAAUUCAACUGUGAAAAGUCAAGAUCGUUUAGUAGGAGGAGCAGAUGUUCCUGAAGAAAAGGAAAUAUCGCAACCAACGGGAGAAAUUCUAACAGAAAUUAAAGUAGAAGAGGAUGAAAAAACGUCUACUGGAAAUGACGGAGAGAAAACUAGAAAUGGAAGACCUAUUCGUUCAACUGGACCAUGCUGUACUUGUCUGUCACAAGGAUCAACUGGAGAUAAGAAGGUGGAUGAAAUGAUCGAUUAUGUACACAAAAAUUUACAAGAAGCGGGUAAAGCAUUGGCCAAUUUAAGCGAGAACUUUGAACACGAUUCAAAGGUUGAGCCCCGUACGCAAGUAGAACCGUCAUGA